UCAUGCGCAUUUAUUCAUUGGAGCCUCCUCCUUCGCACCAGUCAAUGAAGUGCAAGUCUGCCAGAAUCUUGAGAGACUCUUGCGAUGCCUGAUGCCAGCGAUGGUGUGUGACUUGGUGAAACUGAAUUCUGUGUUUAUGGUUUCCUGACUGAUUUAUGGCUGGGAAUGAUGGUUUUAUAAUUUUAUCUCAACAAAAUCGACGUUGUGCUCAACAAUAAGGAUAUUUCCAUCAGCGUUUAGGAUUUGUGUCGGUGGAUCAAAGGAAAUGGCGAAACCUGAUGCCAAACCAAAAGGGUUUCCACAGGAAGCGGUGGACGAAAGUGAUUUUAUAAAGAGUGCGGUUAAUAAAAGUGCCAGUCGUGCUCAGAGCGUUCCCCCAAAGCCCCGAAAUGCAUUCGGUUUGCCCGCACCGAAAUCAUCUAGCAGCAACGCCCCUAAAGAAGCUGGGGCUGUUGAUGAAGAGCAGUUUCGCGAAGCUUUCACAGAGUGUCCACGGUUGUCCAUCUCGUCCGGUGCUGAAGUGGAGUCGGAACUUACAAAAAUUAAAGAUAGUCUUUCUAAUCCUAAAGAAGAUUGGGAGAAAAGGGUCGAUCAGCUUAAGCGUUUACGCGGUGUUGUUAUCGCUGGAGCGGCCGAUUACAAAGAAUACGCAGCUACAAUGAAAUUUGUGGAUUUAGCCCUGCAAGUUGCCGUCAAAGAUCUUCGCUCGCAGGUUGUCCGCGAAGCUUGUGUAACCCUCUCGUUUAUGGCUGAAAAGCUGGGAAUGCGCUUUGAGCGUACUGCCGAAUUAACGCUUCCAUCAUUAGUCUUACUUAUUCCAAAUUCAGCGAAAGUUAUGUCAACGUCUGGAAUUAUUGGAAUCCGCUUCAUUUUGGGCAAUGUGCAUUCAUCUAAACUGGUCCCCAUAAUUACCAACGAAUUUAUGACGUCGAAGUCGAAAGACAUUAGAAGAUAUUGCUGCGAGUUUAUUGGUCUUAUAUUGGCAAAAUUUCCUAAACAAGCCUUGGAGAAGCACGUUACUCUUUUACAAGAGGCCAUUAAGAAAGGGAUGGCUGACGCGGAUUCGGAAGCGCGAGCGCUAGCCCGCCAGGCCUUUUUUGGCUUCAAAAAGCACUUCCGAGCGCAGGCGGAUAAUUUAUUUAAAGAUCUGGAUCCCAUGAAGCAGCGUUAUCUUGAGGAAGGAAUGUCGCGGAGUACGAGUCAGAAUUCAUUGAAAUCUGGCGCUGCUCUUUCACUUGCACCCAGCAGCAAGAUACCAAUUACCGGCAACCUAGGCGUGGAAUGUGCUUUGCGCAUGGGAAAUGAUCAAGUGGAGAGCGUUUCUGCCCCUACCGAAUCGAAAGCUCGUUCCAGCAGUGCCAUUGAUAUGGCCGCUGCCCGUCGUGCUAAAGCGAAACUACUUUCGUCUGGAACACGAACUCUGCGUCCGCCAACACGACCGGCACCACCACCGACAUCGCGCGGAAGAAACCAGUCCACUAGCGCUGUAUCGCACUCUCAGCCGGGAAGCCGAUCGACUUCGCCAUCAAAUGCACGCUACGCGAAUACUUUGAAGCGUACUCCAGGGCACGCCAGUAAAGACGUCAGUCGAGAUUCCAGUCCUGUGCGCACAGCUGGAAAGGUUCGCACUAAUUCCUCAUUUCGCUACGGAACGCAGCGCAAAGCUGCCGGUGGCGAUGCGUCUGGACCAAACUCACGACGACCCAGUCAAAGUCUGGACCAAUCCAACUACCAUAGCGAUGACGAGAGCGAGACAUCCAGCUUAGCUUCCGAACAUUCUCUGGGAUCACACGUGCGAUCUCGUCCAGGCAAUCAGUCUGAUAUCAAGGAGACCAUUCCAGAUAUCAUUAAUCAGCUUAACAGCGGAAAUUGGACAACCAAACGAGAUGGAUUAAAUGGUUUGCGCCGGUACAUUCAAAAUGGAGCCAGGCAUUUAUCGCGUUCGGAGCUGGAAUCGAUUUGUUCCACUUUCACGAGAAUGAUGAAUGAUCCGACUACCAAAGUAAUUGGAUUAUUUUUGGACACUUUGCAAGAAUUCGUGAAUGCCUACAAACUGGAGCUGGGGUCGUGGUCGUACACCUUGAUUACCAAACUUUUGACCAAGCAAGGCGCUGACCUUGUCCCGACGGUGCAGGCGAAAAUCGAGAGCCUUUUUGACCUGAUCAGGUCAUCGUUUCCUGCGGAAAGUCAGUUCCAGCAUGUCGUGAGGUACAUCACCGACCAGACGCAAACUCCCAACGUCCGCGUUAAAGCCGCUGUGCUAAAUUUCCUGACAAAAUUGAUCCAGAAUUGUAUGCAAUCCAGUGAUCUAAAAAAUUCCAGUUCCUCUCGUCUCGGUGUAACCAGAAUAAUUAAUUGGACGAUUGAUGGAAAAACACCGGAAAUUCGACAGAAGUCACAACAAGUUCUGCAUGCCUUGCGACAGUUAAAUGAGGAUGAAUUCAUGCAGAUGGUUAACACGCUGGAUGAGUAUCUCCGAGAAGCGGCGAUGAAGUUAAUUAAUGGUUAUCCACGGCGUCCGUCGGGUUUGUUGGACGACGUUACUCUUUCACCAGUUGUUCCUCUCAGAUCUUCUCCCAUGACGCGAAUGUCACCGGCAAGGCAUGUUCCGGCACCCAAAGGCACAACUCCCGUUGGAUCUCCUUCCCAGCUAUCUUCAUCAGGGAAUGACGAAAAUGUCAACCCCGAUGUUUCUGUUCCCAGUAUUCAUCAUACGCCGAAGGACCUUCAGAAAUUUGGAAAUAAAAGUGCAUCGCCCCGGAGUGUCAGUAUUGGAUCGACUGAGCGGCGGCGACAGGUUCGUCAACACUCUGAACCCCCGGAACCUGUCACCCCCAAAACCAAAUGGUUUCCUCAGUACGAAAAUUAUUCCAUUGUUCCUGUCUACGCAAGUAUAGAGGAACAGAAACUGUAUUUGUCAACACUCCCGGAGCGGUUGAAUGAAAUGCACCCCGAAGAUCAGUUCCUGAUCUUUCGACAUCUCCAUGAAUUUAUGCCUUUAGUUUCCGAGUCUGUUUGGGAAGAGCAGUUUUCCAAUGUGCUUCCAUUUUUAUAUGAACAUUUCCCCAGCGUCAAGAAUGAUUUACAGGCUUGGUCGUUGGCAUGCUUUGCUCAUCUCAUAAAACUGCAGCCCGGACGGAUGCGUCAGUAUCCCGAAUUGACUAUUGUCAACAUUCUGGAAGUGCAGAAAGGAGCCAACAAAACGGUUAUAAAAUCGGCCGAAGAUUGUGGAUUUCUGGCAUCGCAAACUUUUCCGUGUGACGUGAUCGUUAAAAUUCUGAUUCCUAUCAUUACGACUCAACCCCAUCCAGAAAAUGCGGCUGCCGUAAGACUGUUCAGUUUUGUUGCACAACAAGCACCGAAAGAAGAUUUGGAGAAAGUCCUUCCGUCUAUUGUUCCUCAUCUGGUCACGGCGUACGCGGAUAACGGGGAGAGCAACAUGCGCAAGGAAUGCGUUUACGCGUUGAUUUAUACGCAAUUAAAAGUGGGCGAGGAGUUAAUGGCUCCCUAUUUACAGCCACUGCCGGCUAGCAAGGUGCGUUUGUUGCAUCUCUACUUGAAACGCAUCGUUUCUCCUGGGGAAUCUCCUAAUUCGUCAAACUCGGCUAUGGAAUCUAAUCAGCAGAAUGGAAGCAUUGACACUACAGUAUAGUGGUAGUCGUGUGAUUUGUUCGGUCUUAUCUAAUGGGAUUGCGCUGAUUUGAGGUUUUCAGGUGGUCUGCAGUGUUUGUGGCUGUCAGUUCUUGGUCAUUGUGCAAGUCGGAUUUGUGUAUGCUGUUCAUUGGCAUGCGUUUUUUGAGUUUCUUUUUGGUAUAUGCUUUUUGAGUUUGAAAUUGCGCCUGGAUUAGCCGGAUGUGUAUAAACGCGGAAGUCCUUGCAAGUGUGGUUUUUGUGGUGGACUUCCAGAGAGCGUACAUUUUAAUUUUGUGGGUUUUAUGUUUGCAACAAACCGUUUUUUGGGUUUUUUAAAGUGUAUGAGAAACCUCUCUCAGUUGGUAGUGCUGUGGAUUUAAAGGCGACGAAUAAAUUAUGCGUCAUAGUGU